UGAUGACGUCGGAUCGUAUCCGCUUAUCGGUAGCAGUGGUCGCAGUUGAGGCUGUUGAGUCGUAGUAGUGAAGAAACGCAAUUUGACAGAACUACAAUGAGUGAUGAUGGUGGGGGUUGUGGAGGUGACAGUGGAGGUGGUGGAGGUGACAGCUGUGGUGGCGGGGAUGUGAGCGGAAGUGGUGGAUGUGACAGCACCUCCUACCAUCAUGACUCUGGUCACCAUGAUGUCAGUGGAAGUGGUGGAUGCCAUAGCACAUCCUACCAUCAUGACUCUGGUCACCAGGGCACUGACCAUGGCCACAGUUCAGCCAACGACAGUGAUCAGAAUGUCUUCAAAGAUUAUUCAUUUGUUGGAGCUGGAAUUGGUGCUUCAGACUGGCGUAAUGAUUAUGAUGCUGAUGACAGCCACAGCAGCACAAGAAAUAAAAAGUACAUGAAGGGCAAAAGGAAGGAGAAAGACCAUCAUCAACAGGACUGCUGUGCCCUAAUUUGAAGUUUCCAUUCUGUAAUUGUGAUGAAACUGUCAUUUAUUGGUUUCAGUUUACAUGUCUCAUUAAGUGAUCAAAUGCCCAGCAGAAAUACUGCUAAUUUCUAAUGCUCAGAGCUACCCUAGAAACCCUAGAAACACACAUGUUUCUCAUGUUCAAUCACUAAAUGGAAAAGUGUGGCAUUAUGUAGUGAAGAAAUGUUAAAAUUUACAAAUUUGAACACAGCUUCAGCGUAGCUUUUCCAGAUGUCAAAAAGACAUACUGAAAGUUUUUAAGUUCACUUUAUUGAGCUCAAGUUUCAGAAUCUUGUGUUUUCUUUUUCAGUGAUAUUUCAAGUACAAUAAAAAGUCAUCUUGCCAUCAAGGAUCAUUGAGAAGAACUAAGUAGCAACUCUGGAUUGACCAGACUUUCUGCAGUUGUGUGAGAAGCUGAUUAAUAAAAAGAAUUUGCCUAAAAAUUCUGCAGUGUUUUUAAAUUAGUAUUGAAUUUGCACACAUCAAAGUGGAGUUUGUUAGAAGCAUAGUAUAGCAACAAUGUGAUAUUGUAUACCAUAGAACUAGUUUGUUGAGAACCAUAGAAAAGCUAUGUGCUCACUGAACCAUACUUAAUAUGGACUGAAGCAAGGUAUGCUGAGGAGCCACAGUUCCAUUCAUGUACAGCAUCACAUUAGUACUGUUAACACUACAUGCCACAGUUCCAUUCAUGUA